CUGAAGUGUAGCUUAGGGACCCUGACUUCGUUGAUUUUUUUUUUUUUAAAAAUCCCCUCUCCUCGAGCCAGGGCGCAUUUGGAAUCCUGGACCUGGUGCCCCUUCUUAACUCUCACUUCUUUCUUCACAUAUUCGGGGACUGCUCGGGGCUCCACUUUUCCUUCUAAGCAUCAGUCUUGCUUAGUCCCAUGGCUGAAAAAGGCGCCAAUAGAGUUGGGAUGUUGAGCGCUGGCUGAAACUCUCACUGACCUCUAUUAAAACUUCCUGCCCUCCAACUGGCCCAGUCCCGAGCUUUCUAUGCGUAUGAACGAGAGUUCUGAGAAGUAGCGGCUAGAGCUCCGGAAAGGCUACAGCUCACUACCUACACUACCUCGUUGCUGGAGGCGGGAUUCACCCACCAGACGCUUCGGCCUCGGCGGCCAAACGCGUUCCCUGUCCGCUGCCUGAAAUCAUUGCACUUUGCGAAGUUGUCUACGCAGCUACAGAGGUCCCGAGUCCUUCAAGACUUAGUACCUUACCCCGCACUCCGGCAACCCCAACCCGAUCCCGGCCGGAGAGUGAGAGAAGCGAGCUCGCCGCCUACUUACUAUGCAUGGAUGCAAACGGGUCGUGCUUACAGUGUAUUUCCAUCGGGGCGCUCCAGACUGUAGGCCGGCCCACGCUGCUGCCUCUCGGCGCCAAAGGACUGCCCAGGGCGCCUAGGGAACCGCGCCACCAGGCUGGGCACCGUGUGAGCUGAGCUCAGAAAAGACUUCUGCAGCCGUGGGGUCCCUCUCAGAGCCGCCUGCGGAAGAUCGCAGAGAGCUGAGCCGAGAGGCGGGAAACGGUGCUCUCAGCCAGUCGGUCUGAGAGCGGGCGCUCAACUCCUGCUGGCUCAAGCGGCGGCUCCUGGCCCGCACCAGAGAAGCUGCGGCCCAAGCGCCCGCGGCGUCGAGGGCAUAGCGCAGGGGCCCACCUCCAGGAAUGCUAGGGGAGCCCGGCGCGGGACCAGCAGCCUUCAGGAGGCCGCGAGAGCAGGGCCCUCCGUCUCAGUCCGGGGCAGAGAGGCCGUGGACUGCCAGGCUGCUUCGGUCUUGCUGCCUCGAGGGUCUACCCACCCUUCGGCCUCCACCAGGUCCUUUCUGUUUCCUGUUUCUCCGUGUCUCUGGAGCCGGAUCUGCCCCUUCACCUCUCUCCUGCCGGCUCUCCGACGUCUCCGACGAAGUUACAGAGAACUCCCUUUCCUGUCGCUCAGGGGCCGCGGCGGAUUCUGAGAUGCUGCAGCUGCUGAAGCCCGGUGCGCCCCGAAGCUGCAACCCUCGAAGCCCGGGACCCGCUGCCUUCAAAGUUCCCGCGGGCCCCGCAGCUCCCGGCCCCUUCGCGCUUGGCUGUGCCUCACGCUACCAACUCUUGGAGCCCCGCUGUCCGAUCUCUGGGUUCCGGGUGGAUUGUCCCUGCCUUGCCUCUUCCGGGACAGCCGCCGCGUCUGCCCAGCGUGGAGCGAGGGGCGCAGGAGAGGAUGAGGGUCCCUGCCGCCGGGGCCGCCGGGGCCGCCGGGGCUGUCGGUGCUGAGAUGGAGCCCCUGCCGGCUCUAAUGCCUGCUCUGCCGCCGCCGCCGCCGGCGCUAGCCCUCCGCCUGCUCGGCGCGCACAGUGCGCCACCGCGCCGCCCCGAAGCCGCUUUCAGGACCCGCUGCGUGUGGACAGCGCCGCCCGGGGCUCAGCCUCCCUCCGGGCGGAGGCGGGGCGGGAGCUCACCUGCCAAUCACGCCCCAUCAAGCCAAUCAGAACAGGGGCAUCCGGCCCUAGCCCGAAAUACUGCCCUAUUGGCUAAGCAACCCACGGGCUCCGCCUGAUUAGCCGGUACCUGGGCAAUGGGAGAGAAUGGGGGGCGGGGCCCAAGCUGAGGCGCCACGUUCAUUGACAAACGCGUGGGGAGAAGGCCUAGUGGUUCGCGGAUAGAAAAGGGGAAGAGAGAGAACAGGGCCCACGCAGUGUCUGGAGAACCAUGCUCUUGGUCCCACAGAGCCGACCUUUCUGAGGGCCGUUGAGAUUCUGGGAUGCGCUUAGAGACUGAGGGCAACCAAGACAGGGCCGAAGAAGAGUGAGGAUGGGAGGGAGAGAAAACGAACGAAAACAAAAAACAAAAAACAAAAAUAGAAAAACAUCCACAGAUUUUAGAGGUAGACAUGCAGCACAAUAGAGAUCCAAUUUUCGGUCUAGGCAGCAGAUUCUUGUGUGAAUAUCUGCCGCUUUAGACCUCACUUUGCUGCUCUGUAAAAUGGGCAGAGUUUAGUAAAGAAGUCUUUGAUGCUGGUU